AACCAUUGAACGAACUACAUAGAGAAUUGAGUACCCUAAUACGGCAAAACAAUUACCGUUACUUUUAAUUAACAUUAUAAUUUAAAAUGCCAGCCGGUAAGAUUAAGGUUCCAGAUUUUGUUCCCCAACCGUUGUUAAAACAACACGAUGCAUCUGUGUUGGAUUUAGCAUUCGUUAUGGAUUGCACUGGCAGCAUGAGCAGCUGGAUUACCGAAGCCAAACAGAGUAUCCAGAGCAUAGUGGACGAAAUCGUUGCCAAGGAGAUGUCCGAUAUCCGUCUCGCCUUAGUAGAAUACAGGGACCAUCCUCCUCAAGACCGUUCAUUUGUAACACGUGUGUUGGAUUUCACGCCAUCUUUGAAAGAGAUGCAGAAGAAAAUGAAUGGAAUGAGUGCCAGUGGAG